GAGCUUCUCCCAGGAGGUGGGGAGGGGCCAGGAGAGAACAGACGGACAAUGGGAAUGCGGCACGAUGAUUGGUUGGCGGUCUUGCGCUUUCUCCUCUCUGAUUGGCAGGCUUGGCUGCGCUUGCCCCUUGCAUCCCUGUAGAGCAGCUUGUGAGGCAGAAGAGUGGAUGUGUGGCCGGGGAUUACCCUUGUCCGGGGGGAUAACGGGACCGGGGGCGCCUCACUGCCGCAUCUUCUUCUGCCUAUAGGAAGAGCCUGUGCCCGGGGAGCCCGCAUGGUGCCUGUGCACACACAGCGGACACUGGCUCACGCGAUCAGCACAAUUGCCAGUGGAGACAUUUACUGGAGACAAUGGGGACGAAAGAACUGCUGUCUGUAGUGGAACCAGAGAUGUGAAAGAUGAUGGUGAUUGCAGAAUGGCAACGUAUUGUAUCGCAGCCUGAGGCCUCAUCUCUUCUUUGUUGAUCAACAUCUUAUCCGGAUGGAACAGUUUACAAGAAUUCAGUGCAGGGACAGCUGCUUGGCUGUUUUUCUGUUUAUUACGAGGACAUCUAUUCUAAAGACUAUUAAGUUCAUUAUAUCACCUUUAGGGAUAGUAAAAUCCCAGUGCAGAAUCACUGCUGUUUUAAAGAGAAUGAUGAGCCAUGAAGUUCUGUGAAAUGGUUUAGAUUAUGAAAUUAGUAUUUAAAUACAUUUUAUAUAAUUUCACAUUAUAGUCAUUGUAAAAGGGAAUAUUUUUGGCCAUGGCCCUGGAGGAUCCCAAUCCACAAUUAUUUAGUGUCACGUACCACUCUAGUGAGGGUCAUCCUGAUGAACAAGCAGGACCCAUGGAGAAAAAUGACACUUACAGGUCUCUUAGUCUGCCUGUCUUGAAUGGUUUUUGCAAUGCAAAUAAUCAAGAACUUCAGCCGACGGUGGUCAAUACGUCACAGACAGCAGUUAUUGGGAAAAGAAGUUUUUUACAUAGUCAAAGAGAAUCCAACUUGAAACGUGGCCAUCACAGGACCUUGUCAUCUCAAAGCAGUGCACCUUCCUCUAGGACAAUCUUUUCUUUGGAAGCAUCUGGAUUCUUAAGUGCAGAAAGAGCAGAAUGCAGUAACACCAUUACCAAUAAAAAAGGCAUUUCUUCAUCAGUAUCACUCUCUACAAUAAAAAGUAGUCAGGGUCUUGGCAUAGCGCUGACAGAUUCCCGAUGCUUUCUUGUGUGCAUGUGCUUCUUGACGUUCAUCCAGUCAUUGAUGGUGUCUGGUUAUUUAAGCAGUGUGAUUACUACUAUAGAAAGAAGGUAUAGUCUGAAAAGCUCUGAGUCUGGUCUUUUAGUAAGCUGUUUUGAUAUUGGUAGCCUUCUAGUAGUGGUUUUCAUCAGUUAUUUUGGUGGACGAGGACGUAGACCACGUUGGCUGGCCAUUGGUGGCUUGCUUAUUGCUGUUGGAGCAGCUCUGUUCUCCUUACCUCAUUUUAUUUCUCCACCAUAUCAAAUUCAGGAGCUGAACUCUUCUCUUUCAAAUCAAGGGUUGUGCACAAAUGGCAACACGACUGCCAAAGAUUCCUUAGAGUCAUCCAUGUGUCCUGGAGACUCAGGUGGAAAAGACCAUUCUCUCUAUGUAGCUUUAUUUAUCUGUGCUCAGAUUCUCAUUGGCAUGGGAUCCACUCCAAUCUACACUUUGGGCCCAACCUACUUGGAUGACAAUGUUAAGAAGGAAAAUGCCUCACUCUACUUAGCUAUCAUGUAUGUCAUGGGCGCCCUUGGUCCGGCCGCAGGCUAUCUCUUAGGUGGAGUACUUAUUGGAUUUUAUGUAGAUCCUCGCACCAUUGUCAACAUUGAGCAGAGUGACCCAAGAUUCAUUGGCAACUGGUGGAGUGGGUUUCUACUGUGCGCUAUGGCUAUGUUACUUGUCAUCUUCCCAAUGUUUUCCUUCCCAAAGAAGCUUCCCCCUCGACAGAAGAAGAAAAAGAAAAAGAAAAGUAACUCCUAUGAUGUCUCCAGUGAUGAUGAUGUGAUGAAAGAGAAAUCUAGUAACAAAGUAAAAGUAGAUACCAGUGGUGGCCCAGCAAUAGGCUUUGGCAAGAAUUUUAGAGACCUUCCAAGAGCAGCAGUCAGAAUUUUAAGCAACAUGACAUUCCUUUUUGUGAGUUUGUCAUACACAGCUGAGAGUGCCAUUGUCACCGCUUUUAUUACCUUCAUUCCCAAGUUCAUCGAGUCUCAGUUUGGCAUCCCAGCUUCCAGUGCCAGCAUCUACACUGGCCUGAUCAUUGUCCCAAGUGCUGGUGUGGGUAUUGUGCUUGGUGGUUACAUCAUCAAGAAGCUGAAACUGAGUGCUAGGGAAUCGGCAAAACUAGCCAUGAUCUGUAGCGGGGUCUCCUUGCUCUGCUUCUCUACGCUUUUCAUUGUGGGAUGUGAAAGUAUUAAUCUUGGAGGAAUCAAUAUACCUUACACUACAGGUCCGACACUAACCAUGGCACACAGGAAUCUAACAGGUGGCUGUAAUGUUAACUGCGGUUGUAAAAUUCAUGAAUACGAGCCAGUGUGUGGAUCAGAUGGAAUUACAUACUUCAAUCCUUGUCUCGCUGGAUGCAUCAAUGUGGGAAAUCAAAGCAUUGCUGUAAAAAAUUACACUGAAUGUGGCUGUGUCCAGAGUCGACAGGUUAUCACAACACCCACAGUCGGCCAACGCAGCCAACUCCGCGUGGUCAUUGUCAAGACGUAUCUGAAUGAAAACGGCUAUGCUGUAUCAGGAAAAUGUGAUCGAACCUGCAACACACUCAUUCCAUUUCUGAUCUUCCUUUUCAUUGUUACUCUUAUCACGGCAUGUGCACAACCCUCAGCCAUCAUAGUGACUCUCAGGUCAGUAGAUGAAGCAGAGAGGCCUUUUGCACUAGGAAUGCAGUUUGUUUUGUUAAGAACUCUUGCUUACAUUCCUACGCCAAUCUACUUCGGGGCUGUUAUUGAUACUACUUGCAUGCUUUGGCAACAGGACUGUGGCGUACAAGGAUCUUGCUGGGAAUACAACGUGACAUCAUUUCGUUUUGUUUAUUUUGGACUGGCAGCUGGUCUGAAAUUCUUAGGAUUCAUUUUUAUAUUUUUGGCUUGGUAUUCCAUAAAACACAAAGAAGAUCAGUUGCAGAGACGAAGGUGGCGGGCGUCCCCAAUAAGCACGGUCAGUGAGAUGGUCGGCAACGCUAGAGCAGAGCCAAAUUAUGCACGAACCAGAUCCUGUCCUGCUUUCGGCGCCAAGGAGGACACCAACGAAGAGAGGAACAUGGACAAAGGAAUCCAACACUUAGCACAAACCUACCCUGGGCCUUUCCUGGAAGCAAUAAAUUCAUCCUUAGAGAAUUCUCAAGAAGACACCCCAGCUGACAACGAAACGGGAUAAACGAAGUCACUGUUGGCUGAAUUUAAUAUGGCGCCUUGUGCAACACGUGCCUUUUACUGAACUGUGUGCAUAUGAGAUCAAUGUUAUCACAUUUUAAUCUACAGCUACAGGGUUAUUGAGGGCUGGUUACCUCAACUGUUAUUUACCCACGCCAUUCUAUUUAUGUUUUUUUUUAUUAAUUGUUAGUGAUGUAUCUUUGCUCUAAGCCCUAAUGCUUUACUUCUGCCACAGAUUUGGCUGAGGAAAUAAUAUUGAAUAAAUAAUGCUGAAAGCAGCACACCUAGAUGUUCUUGGGAAUCUGCUUAUGAGGCAGUGGUGAACAUAAAAGACACGGAGCCCAUAGGAAACAUUUUUAUGGUUUCCAAGGACAGAGGGGCUUUUUGUUUGUUUUCCUUCCAAAACCAUUGGGACAAUUCCCUUCUGUCUUGUAGCUAAGAAAAAACUGUACCUAUGGAAAAGGGAGUGUUGCACAGGUUAUGAGCACCCUGUAGCAAAAGGGCUGAAAAAACUAGGGUUAGGACUUGUCUUUCCCAGGUCCCCAUAGUAGUGCUGCUAGCUGUCUUUUCAUUCCCAUUUACACUGCUCCAUAAAGGAUGCGUCCCACCAUUAAAAUUCAUCCGUAUCCUCUAGAUAGGGAUUGUGUGAUCACAGGGUGAUCCAACUGGUGGGACCCCCUGCAAUCUCGAAAAUGGGGGGCUAAAUCUCCUAUCAAAAUCAAGCUGUGUAAGAUAGCCAAGCACUGCACCCGGCUAUCUCCAGUAGCUCUCUUAGAAAUGAAUGGCAUGGCCCUGCUCCAUUGACCACUGCUUCAUCCCGACACAAGACUUGGAUCCCUGUUCACUACAUCUUGGGGUCCCAGCAGUCUCAUAUCCCCUAUCCUGAGGAUACCCCUUCAAGGUGGCCUUACAGAUUAGAUGAAUGUCAGUUGAACCUGACAAUUCAAUGGAACUGACCGGCCACAUCUUAUGCGUAUGGCUGACAUCUAAUAUGUGGGAUUAUAUACUCAAUCCUUUUGUUCUCAAGGGAGAUAAGCAGAAACUUAUUACCCUUUCCCUGUUUUGAAUACAUGAAAAUUCGGCAGUGGAUAUAAGGAAUAGCUUCAACCAACAACUAUCCUAUGUGUAAGGCAAGCCUUAGAAGACCAACCUGUUAAAGGUUAUUAUAAAAAGUAUUUUUUAAUGGAUCUUUAUUAAACUUGAUAGACGUGUGUUUUUUUCAACCUCACUAACUAAGUAAUCGUUUACAUGUAGGAAUCCAUAGUUGCUCCAUAUCUGCUUUCAAGCAAUCUAGCUUUCUGCUUGGAGGAUUUUCCUAUGGCCAAGAUGUCAGUAGCUGGUCUCAACUACUGCUUUCAAUCAAAAAUAAUCUCUGGAACAUCCAUGAGCAGGGCUGUAUAUUCAUUACAGAACUCUACAGUGCAGCUGUAGGGAAGCAAUAGAGAGCAUAUAGGAUUUCUAGGUGUGCUGCUUCAUAUUUGUAUGAACAUUUUAGAAUGAUUCUUCAUGUAUGAUCAGGGCACAUUUAAUAAAUACUAAUCAUUCUGUAUUCCAUCCUUUCAUGUAGUUCUGGAACUACAAGUCUCCAUAGGGCCACCAGCAUGAUAGUUCAUCCAUCUAUAUAAGGAUGAAGAACCUUAAAUUGCUUAAAGGGGUACUCCGCUCCUAGACAUCUUAUCCCCUAUCCAAAGAAUAGAGGAUAAGAUGUCUGAUCGCAGUGGUCCCACAAUCUCAGCUGCGGCACCCCAGACAUCCGGUGCACAGAGCGAACUUCGCUCUGUGCCGGAUGAUUGAUGAUGCGGGACGGAGGCUUGUGACAUCACAGUCACGCCCUGCUCAUGACGUCACGGCCAUGCCCCCUCAAUGCAAGUCUAUGGAAGGGGAUGUGACUGUGACAUAGACUUGCAUUGAGGGGGCGUGGUCGUAGCAUCAUGAGCGGGGCGAGGCCAUGACAUCACAAGCCUCUGGCGCUGCACCCAAAGCUCUAAACGAACACCGGGUGCAGCAGGGAGAUCACGAGUCCCCAGUGGUGGGACCCCCACGAUCAGACAUCUUAUCCCCUAUCCUUUGGAUAGGAGAUAAGAUGUCUAGGGAUAGAGUACUCCUUUGAAGGAGAAUUCUACUCAAAAUCAAAAACUUAGGUUGGAGUAAAGAUCUUCAGCCCCCUAUAUUACUUGUGCAUCCCCUAGUUUUUGUUUUUUGGGUGAACAGAAUGCUUGUGAACUUAUCUGUAAGUAAAGGUUACUUUUUAUCUGAUAUAAACUUUACUGUGAGGUAUGCUUUAAAGCACAACGAAAUCCGCCUAAACUAUGCAACUACUUUGUGAAGAAUUGCAUUGAUCACAUGGCAGAAAACCUAACAAGCCAGGAGAAACACUUGCAAGCCAUACUAAAGCUACCUACCUAGCACAGUGAUAUUAAACAACAGAUGUUUAUCAAUGAGCAUUGAUACGUUACCAUAGACCAUAGAGUGUUUUAUUUGUACAGUUAGCUUUUGAUUGGUCUAGUCUAGUUAGUACUUGAAGCCGGUUUGUUAAAGCUAUUCCUGUUUUUUUUUGUCCUGUUGUAUAUAAAGAGCUUUUGUUUUGGUUGUUUUUGUAGUGAGAUAUAAAGGUUUAUUUUGUGGAUUUAGCAGUAGGAAAUAUCUUAUUUCUGUGAAUGUGUUUAUAAGUCCUAAUAUCUCACUCAAUUCAGACAAUGAAACAAAACUUGGGAUGACAAUUUGCAUCUGAACCGUAUAAAAACAUGUUCAGAAAAAAUAUCCUAAGGCUAUGCACAUUAGUUUCCACACUGUAUGGAGUGGACUAGUAUGCUAUCGAUUUGUAUGAAAGUCAGUGAAGAAGCUGUUAUCACCUAUUAUGUCAUGCGCCUAUUAUCCAGGCCUAUCUAUACUUGUUGCACUGGAUGUCGGAAAGCAGUCUAUGCUUGCAUGGAGCUUGAGGGCAAGACUAACCAGCAAAGUGCUGUCUUCUCAGACCAAGAUCACUGAGGUGACGGGGGCACACAUGAGGUUUCCCAUACUGGUAUAUCAUGGCUAAGUUGCUGUCAGUUUCAACUUUUAGUUGUUCAACUCAUUGCAUUUUGAUUAUGCCAUGUAGUCUAGGCCUAACCCUUAUUCCACUAGGUUACUUUUAUACGUUACAUUUUUUGUACUCAUCUUGGUUCCCAUCCGUUUUAUAGUUUAGGUGGUAUAGGUUGUGUUUUUUUCUUGAGUGCUGCUUCAUCCAGGGGUGGAAUCCAGCCUGUUCUCCUUAGUUUGAGCCUCCUGGUUGUUCUGGGGAGAAUCAGCGUCCUUUGUGCGUGUUGUGUAACUACUUGUCCUCUUCCAGCAGCUAUACUGCACAGCCAACGUGCAGUCUUCUCCUUCUUCUCCCACCCCCUCCUAUGGCCGUAGCUGCUAAACCACUAUGGCUGAUGUUUACAUGGUAGGAAAACCUCUAGCUAAAAAUUUUUAAUCCUGCCCUUUUUUACUUUAAAGCAACUUUUGACAUAAUCUGGCUGUCAAACAGAAGACUUUAAAUAAUAAGUGUUUAGUAGAUAAGAUAAAAUGUUACCCUUUGAGUAUGAUUAGUUCAUGUGAAUAUAGGUAGAGCAGUAUUGUUAUGUAAAUUGUUGCCAUGUAGAGCCCAGAUCUCUCCUGUAAAACUACAGAUAUGUAUUCUGCAUGUAAAGUAUCUCCAGAUUUCAGUGGAGCUUAACUGUGCAAGGCAAGCCAUGGCUAGUCCAACAAAGCACCUCCCCAUAUACAUUAGGGAACAAUUACUUGGGACAGUAAUUAGUUAUCAGCCAAUUAUUGGCUCAUGUAAAGGACCCAGUGAUGGGAUGAUUUAUUUUCCUUGACUUGGAUUGUGAUGGCCUAAAAAUGAUCGUUUGUAGGCCACACAGUCUAACUAAGGGCAGAUGCAGCCAACAAUGAUGUAAGUGAAAGUCACACAAACAUUCUAGAGACCAUUUGUACUUACAGCAAUUGGACCAUUUUAAGGCCACUAGAUCUGAUCUCAUAUUUGGCAUCUGCCCAUCUAAAGGACUCUUGACCUUCCCAUACACAUCUCAUACACAGGAUUCCAGACCUUCCCAUACACAUCUCAUACACAGGACUCCAGACCUUCCCAUACACAUCUCAUACACACUAGACUCCAGACCUACCCAUACACAUCUCAUAUACACUGAACUCCAGACCUUCCCAUAAACAUCUAAUACACACUGGACUCCAGACCUUCUCAUACACAUCUCAUACACAGGACUCCAGACCUACC